AUGCCUCUUCCAUUAUCACUGGGCGAAUCUACGCCACUGGCCAAUCAAGUUGCAGGUCAUGAGGGUGUCAUGUCUGACGCUUCCGGUUCGUUGGUGAUCAAGCCCGCUCUUCCAAGAGAGAUAGCAUUCUAUCAAAUGCUCAAUUCGGCAUCAAGAGAAGACUCGAUAAGACAAUUGAAACCUUUUAUACCCAAAUUCUUCGGAACACUUCGUCUGGAAGGUCAACUAUCUUCUUCGGGUGAUUUACAAAAAGCAGAAGGGAAAGAGCAAGUACCAGAGUCAGUUGUCAUCGAAAAUCUAUCAUACGCAUUUGCACAUCCGAACAUACUGGAUGUCAAGCUUGGUACGGUACUUUAUGGACCUGAUGCUUCCGAGGAGAAGAAAAGUAGAAUGGAUAAACAAGCUAGGGAAACGACCACUCAUGAAACCGGAAUUAGGUUGACAGGAUGCCAAACAUGGCAUUCACCUACACAGAAAUACAUCAUCACUCCCAAGUCUUUCGGCAAAUCAAUUAGCUCAUCACAACUCCCCUCUGGAAUGAUUCGGUUCUUCCCUCUUCCAAGUGAUUCUAUCUCUUCGCUUGUUGUCCCUCCUUCACCCGCGCCUACCACAGCGUCAACGACCGGAGCAGGAGAGUCGCACCUACCUUCUAUCGCUGAAUCAUCUUCCUCUCAUGCAGUGGACAGCACUACCGAAAUACCUCUUACACCACUAUCAGCCGAUCAAUCCUCAGAAUCAUACUCGAAUCAUGCCAUCACACCCAGUCUCUUGGUAAAGGUGCUCGACUUGGUCUUAUUGGAGAUAAAUAACUUGAUAACGGUCUUGUCAGAAUUGGAAAUUAGAUUUGUCGGUGGAUCAGUCUUAAUUGUGUAUGAAGGUGAUCCAGCAAAAUUAUCAGAAUCGAUAGAUAGGUAUGAAGCUAAGAAAGCUAUCAAAGCAUUGAAAGCUACUGAAUCACCAAGACUGGAAACUCAGAGAUCAGCUUUCUCAGACGAUGGCUCAGUAGAUUCAAAUGAUGAUGAGAGUACUUCCGAUGCGGAUGAUGAUGAAGAAGAUGAAGACGAAGAUGAUGGUAUAGAUGACGGAACGAAAGAAGAUGAAAAGUUGAUGAAGAAAUGUCCUCCUGUCAGGGUGAAAAUGAUAGAUUUCGCUCAUACUUGGUUGGCAGAAGGUGAAGGUCCAGAUCAAGGUGUUUUGAAAGGUUUGAACACGUUGAAAGGGUUGAUCGAAAGUAGGAAAAAGGAAGUUGAGAGUACUUGA